CAUGAUGAAUCUUGUGUACAGAUCGAUGAUGAUGAUGGACUACCACCUGAGAAGUCCCCUAGCGCCGCCAAGUGGCUGAUUUGCAAACUGCAGUGUCCAGGAAGAUGGCGUCCUCAGGUGCUAUAACUUUCGGCGUGUUGGGGAACUUAGUUUCCUCCAUCAGCAUCAUAUUCCUCAACAAAUGGAUCUACGUCAACGUGGGCUUUCCGAACAUAAGCCUGACACUUGUACACUUUGUUAUAACUUUCCUGGGACUGUACGCGAGCCAGCUGGCGAAUGUCUUCAACCCCAAGUCGCUAUUGUUGUGGAAGGUCGUGCCCCUGUCCCUGACGUUUUGUGGCUUCGUGGUUUUAACGAACCUGUCCUUGCAGAAUAACACGGUUGGGACCUAUCAGGUGGUCAAGUGUAUGACUAUGCCAGUCAUCAUGUUUAUACAGACAAAGUUUUACCAGAAAACUUUCUCAAUGCAAGUGAAGCUGACGGCGGUUCCGAUUACCCUGGGUGUGUUCCUGAACUCGUACUAUGACAUGAAGUUCAACCUGCUGGGAAGUCUGUAUGCAGGUCUGGGGGUGCUGGUCACAUCUAUGUACCAAAUCUUAGUUGGUGCCAAGCAGCAAGAGUUCCAGGUAAACUCCAUGCAGCUGCUGUACUACCAGGCUCCUCUCUCCGCUGGAAUGCUCCUUUUUGUCGUGCCAAUCUUCGAGCCAAUCACAGGAGAGCACGGUCUCCUUCAGGCUUGGUCAUAUCAAGCAUUGGGGAUGGUGGUGCUGUCUGGGAUCAUGGCCUUCUCCGUCAACCUGUCCAUCUUCUGGAUCAUCGGCAACACUUCACCUGUCACCUACAAUGUUAUUGGCCACCUGAAGUUCUGCAUCACCAUCAUUGGUGGAUUUGUGAUAUUCAGGGACCCUGUUACCACUAACCAGUGUGUGGGAAUUGCGUUGACUCUGGCAGGAAUCAUGGCGUACACCCACUUCAAGACCAUGGAAAAACAGGAGGAAAUGCAGAGGACCAAGUCAAUAAUGCAGAAGGUUUAGCACUUUAUCGAGUUGUAGCGAAAAUAAGAAGGCAAGAGGAGAAAGUGCAGUAAUACACGUGGAAAUUGUUACUCAAGCAACUGGAUAGCUUUUGGAAACUGUCAAAUAGUAUCCACUAACAAAAAGAGGUGGAUGCUACUUGAAACGCCUAAUAAUUUCCAAAACCUAUCCAGUUGCUUGAGUAACAAUUUCCUUGUGUAUCUCUCCAUGUCCAACUUUCAUCAAUGAAGUGCAGUAAUGUUUGUAUCUUUACAGGGCUAUGAUAUUAUAAAGCCCAGACAAAUGUGAACCAUAGACUAGCAGAUCUUAACAAUUCUACACUGUACACAUUAUAGUUCAAUUGUCAUGCUACAGGAAAUCCAAUUUAGCCAAGAGGGAAGACCAGCAAUCAAACUGAACUCUUGCCAGUUUUGUCAUACCAGAUACAGUGAAAGUCAUUCAGAAAACCAACAUUUCAGGGCAAUACAUAACACUAUAUUUACUAUAUACUAUAAAACCGAAAUUCAAGAAAGUCAUCAUACCGUUUUCUUUUUUGCCAGCCCUUUUCAACUACCAUUAUGCAGUCUGGAAGGACAUUGUCAAUUUUUGACA